UUCACGAAACACCAAUCGAUACUUCACUUUACCAUCUUACUAUCUUAAAACCUUCACUUCACUCUAUACAUCUCAAUCGAUUAUCUGUCUGAUCUCUUACCUUCUAUCAUCAUGUCAGCCCCUGCUCACCGUCAAGGCAACUACAAAAACAAAAAUCUCUUCAAAGGUGAUGAACUUCGAAGAAGAAGAGAAGAACAACAAGUGGAGAUUCGAAAAGCUAAACGAGAUGAAACUGUUGCUAAACGUAGGAAUUAUCAAGUCGAUGCUUCUGGUCCCGAUUCUGAUGAUGAAAGUGUUGCCACUGCACUCGACUCUCAGCUCCAGGAACAACUUCCGAUAAUGAUUCAGGGUGUAUUCUCUGAUACGGUUGAUCUCCAACUUGAUGCUACGACUAAAUUCCGUAAAUUGUUGUCCAAAGAGCGAAACCCACCCAUUGAAAAAGUCAUUGAAUGUGGUGUGGUGGCUCGUUUUGUUGAAUUCUUACGCAGCCCUCACUCUAUGAUCCAAUUUGAAGCAGCUUGGGCUCUUACCAACAUUGCUUCCGGAACAUCGGACCAUACAACUGUGGUCAUGGAAGCAGGAGCCGUUCCAAUCUUCAUCGAAUUGUUAUCUUCACCUGUACCAGAUGUACGAGAACAGGCUGUUUGGGCCUUAGGAAACAUUGCUGGUGAUAGUCCUAAAUGCCGAGAUUACGUACUCUCUCAAGGAGCACUUCGACCUCUCUUGGCAUUACUCAAUGAGAAUCAUAAAUUGAGUAUGCUCAGAAACGCGACUUGGACUCUUUCAAACUUUUGUCGUGGUAAAAACCCUCAACCCAACUGGGAUGCGAUCUGCCCUGCUCUUACAGUCUUGACAAAACUGAUCUACUCAAUGGACGAAGAGGUCUUGAUCGAUGCUUGUUGGGCUAUCUCUUAUCUUUCAGAUGGAUCAAAUGAUAAGAUUCAAACCGUCAUCGAAUCAGGAGUUGUACGACGCUUAGUAGAUCUACUGAUGCAUUCUUCGACUGCUGUUCAAACACCUGCGCUUCGAUCGGUUGGUAAUAUCGUGACUGGUGAUGACCUCCAAACUCAAGUUGUUAUCGCCUCAGGUGCUCUACCUGCACUUCUGUCGCUCUUAUCCUCCUCAAAGGAUGGGAUUCGAAAAGAAGCUUGUUGGACAAUCUCCAACAUCACUGCUGGAUCUCCUCUCCAGAUCCAAGCUGUUAUCGAAGCCAACAUCAUUCCACCUCUCAUCAACAUCUUACAAAAUGCCGACUUCAAGACUAAGAAGGAAGCCGCAUGGGCCAUCUCGAAUGCUACCAGUGGUGGAUUACAAGACCCUCAACAAAUUCGUUAUCUCGUCACUCAAGGUUGUAUUAAACCUUUGUGUGACUUAUUAAAAGCACUUGAUAAUAAGAUCAUCCAAGUCGCUUUAGAUGGAUUAGACAACAUUUUGAAAGUAGGUGAAGCGGAUAAAGAAAUCAACAACGGAAUGAAUAUCUAUGCUACCUUUAUCGAAGAAGCUGGAGGCAUGCAUACCAUCCAUAACUUACAGCAUCAUGAAAACUUGGAGAUCUACAAGAAAUGUUUCUUCAUUAUGGAUAAAUACUAUGCUGAUGAAGAAGGAGAAGAGAGUGGAGUUAAUGCACCACAAGUGGAUGAAACUGGUACAUUUGCAUUUCAAACUGAUGCAGCAGCAGCGCCACAAGGUGGAUUUUCAUUUGGAAUGGCACCUAGUGGUGAAAUUAACCAAGAAGCAGAAAUCAGUACUGAUCAAAGUAUGUCAUGAUGAUGAUAAUGAAAAAUAAAACCCGAUUAUGAUUUUUGGUUUUUUUUAAAAAAAAAUGUGUCUUGUGUAUGGAAUUAUAUAUGAUGGAUGAUUCUUAUUUGGGAUUUGAAGCUUUGAUUUGAUUUUUCCUUUUGACCCGAGACUCAUGAUUAAAAGCUACAGUAUUGAUUUUGAUUUGGGUUUUGUCCUCUUGGUUCACUUUUCUCUCUUUUUUUCUCUGUUUUGAUUUUAUCAGAAUCUCUAUAUAACAAGAGAUUCAUAACAUUCAAAGAAAAGAAAAAGAUUUGCCCAAGAUAUAUUCUACAAAAAAAAACUUUCUUAAACUUAACUUUUCUCAUGUUUUUUGAUCAUUAUAAUACAUUUUCUUUAAGUUUGCAUGCUUUUACUUUUUCCGCUUUUUGAAAUUUGAAGAUUCCUUUUUUGUGAACU